AAGUUCAAAAAAAAAAAAAAAGGUCAUAGAAGAAAGGAAGGGUAAACAUGGUUUACUUGGCUUUUCUCUUAUUUUUCAGCCUUAUUUCAUGUUUUCCCUCUUCUUCGCAUGCACAGAAUGCAGAGCUUAAGCUGCCAUUGAGGGCUGUAAACCUUGGCAAUUGGCUUGUUACUGAAGGAUGGAUGAAACCUUCUCGUUUUGAUGGAAUAAUCAACAAAAAUCUUUUGGAUGGAACUCAAGUUCAGUUUCUCUCAACAAAGCUAAACAAGUAUCUGUGCGCUGAAAAUGGAGGUGGAACGGUUGUAGUAGUCAACCGUGCCUCCCCUUCUGAUUGGGAAACCUUCAGGCUGUGGAGGGUCAAUGAGUCGUAUUUCAACUUGAGAGCGUUCCACAAGCAGUUCGUGGGAGUAGGGAGUGGAGGUGUAGAAGCUGUUUCGAAUACGCCCACCGAUUUAGAGACGUUUCAGAUUGUAAGCAAAGAUGAUGAUCUGAGUCGAGUUCGGUUCCAAGCAUCGAAUGGUUUGUUCCUACAGGUACAAUCGGAGACGCUGGUGACUGCAGAUUAUGCAGGAUCCAGUUGGGACGACGGCGAUCCAUCUGUGUUCAAAAUGACGAUCGUAAACACCAUACGAGGUGAAUUUCAGAUCACAAAUGGUUAUGGUCCUGAUAAAGCCCCUCAAGUCAUGCAGGAUCAUUGGAAUUCUUACAUCACGGAAGAAGAUUUCAAGUUCAUAUCAGCAAAUGGACUGAGCGCCGUGAGGAUACCUGUGGGAUGGUGGAUAGCACAGGAUCCGACUCCGCCACGGCCUUUUGUUGGAGGUUCAUCAAAAGCACUGGACAAUGCUUUCACAUGGGCGGAGAAAUACGGGAUGAAGGUGAUUGUCGAUUUGCAUGCAGUUAAGGCCUCGCAGAAUGGUAACGAUCACAGCGGGUCGAGAGACGGUUUUGAGGAAUGGGGAGAUUCGAACAUCGACGAGACUGUGGCAGUCAUAGAGUUCCUUGCAGCAAGAUAUGGUGGAAGACCAGGUUUGGCUGCCAUUGCAUUGAUGAACGAGCCUUUGGCACCGGGUGUAACCUUAGACGCACUUAUAAAGUACUACAAAGCCGGAUACGAUGCCGUCAGGAAUUACACAACAAAUGCAUACGUGAUCCUAUCGGCUCGAUUGGGAAACACCGAUCCAAGGGAGCUCUACUCAUUAGCCGGUAGCAUGAAUCGAGUCGCCAUAGAUGUGCAUUACUACAACCUCUUUUCAGAUUCUUUUAAAAGCAUGACCGUGCAACAGAACAUCGAUUUUAUCAACAUUCGACGGGCUUCCGAUCUCGGCUACUUGGUCUCGGCUAACGGUCCCCUGGUCUUAGUUGGGGAAUGGACCGGAGAAUUCGGUCGAGGCGAUGCAUCAAUGGAAGAUUACCAGAGAUUUGUGAAGGCUCAGGUGGAUGUUUAUGGUGCUGCAACUUUUGGGUGGUCGUAUUGGUCUUAUAAAUGCGAGGAAAACCAUUGGAGCCUCAAGUGGAUGAUUGACAACAAUUUCAUAAACCUUCAGUGACAACAAUGAAGCCUUGAAAUUACAAUAACUGAGGUUCCGAUUCGGGAAUCUCUAAACUAUGUCUCUCUGCUUUUUCGUUUUUCCCUAAUUGAUGCAAUUACAAAUUAUAUUUAUGA